AUGGAUCUUAAGAUCGCCAAGAGACAACUACAUAUCACAUUCGUAGAAAGUACAUUUUUCAACGAAGUUAUCAGCAAAAAGAUUAAGCGUAGUUCUAUCAUAUAUCACCUUACACACAGGUCUUGUCUGGGCGGGGUCAAAGUUUGCCACAAGCGCCAGGCGCUUCAGGACAUGGCGAGGCCUCUUAAGCAGUGGCUGUACAAACACAAGGACAACCCCUACCCCACCAAGACAGAGAAGGUCCUGCUCUCCCUGGGGUCCCGCAUGACUUUAGUACAGGUCUCGAACUGGUUUGCCAAUGCCCGGCGGAGGUUGAAGAACACAGUGAGUCAGCCAGACUUGAGUUGGGCUCUACGGAUCAAACUCUACAAUAAAUACAUCCAGGGCAACGCUGAGAGAAUGAGUGUCAGCAGUGAAGACACCAGCUCUGAGGAUGAUGAGUGUCACUUACAAACUCCAGCUAACCAAUCAGAGCUCUCCAGGCCCUCACUUAAGAGUGUCAUCAAACAGGAGAACAGGACUGAUCCUGCCUUCAGUGACGACUAUGUCUCUCCACCCCCCAAGUACAAGAGCAGCUUGCUGAACCGGUACCUUAACGACACCCUACGACACGUGAUGGCAACCUCUGAUGACGUCACAAAGUCCCACCUGAGGAACCACUCAGGGUCGUUCAGCUCCAACGAGUGUGACGACGACCUCGUCUCGCCUUCUUCCUCUGAAGCAGAGGCAAACUCUCUCUACCAUAUGGACACAGUGAACUAUGCAUCAACUAGAUGUGACAGUGAGGGGAAGAGUGAGAGAGGCCAGAGGAGGGAGGAGGCAGAGUGGAGAGAGAUCCACGCUGCCAUGGCUCUGACUAACUUGGCCCAGGGGCAGUGCUGCGCCACAGGGACUACCACCACCAGCUGCAUCAUCCAAAAGUCCUCCCACAUCUCAGAAAUAAAGACUGUCAAAGUGUCCCUGCCAAACAAUGUCUAGACCACUCCAGGGUGAAGUUUCUCUUGAUCUAGGCUUCCCCUCCGCCAAUCAUAACCUUAACCAUUAGUGGGGGAAACGCAAAACUGACCCAAGAUCAGCGUCUAGGGACAACUUUACCCUUCACCGUCUGGACCAGGGCCACUCUGGUCCCUUGAAUGACAUAUCAUUUAAAUAAGAAGUGUUUACACCCUCGUGUUAAAUGGUAGUAAGUAAAAAAUAAAAAUAAAAUACUAAGAUGAAAUCGAUUUAACACUUAACACCAAUGUAGAGUGAAGGCAAUAAUAACCAGUGUUGGCCAACUUUACAGAGUUACAUAAACUCUGUGAAAAUGAUAAAAGUGCACUAUGGCAUUUUCUGGUUGUUAAAAUUCUAAUACUUCACCUAAUUUCAGUUUGUGAAAAAACAAGCAAUUAUAGUGUAGAGAAUCAUUGUACCAUCUAAACCGCUGUGAA